CGUCUUUCUUCACAAAAUAUUUUACAAUUCCAUUAAAAAAUUCGUGAAAAACACUAAAAAUACAAAUAUACACAGAAAUAUAAAUAGAUUUGAAUUAUUUAUAGUCUAUAAAGUAUCGAAACUCCAAUGAAAAGAUGGGCGACAAGAAAUUCGUACAGGAUUACACCAUGGUGUGUCGGACAUGUCUGCAAUCAAAUGUGGAAAUGCUAAAUUUAAGCGCGCUUAUCAAUGAUAAUGUACAGGAGGAAAAUUCGAAAAUAUCAUAUAUGGAAUGCUUGCAAAUGUGCAUACAAGUCGAGGAGGCGGUGGACAUUGAGAUGCCACACAAUAUUUGUUUAGAAUGUGCGUCUGCCUUGCAAGUAGCUUACUGGUUCAUGAAAAAUGCUAGCCAAGCCCAGGAGUUGUUGAAAUUAAAAUUGAGAGAAAUUAAACGUAAAAAACAACAAAUUAUGGUGGAGAUGGCGGCGGAGGAAGUAAGAAAACCUAAAAGAUAUCGUUGCAAAAUUUGCAAUGUAAAGGUGGAAACAAAGAGAUCUCUUAAAGACCAUGUUAAACUACAUUUAGAUAUUAUUAUAUAUAGCUGUCAAAUAUGUUCCUUUGAAAGUCACAAUCGAAACAGUUUAUGUGACCAUUAUAUACAAAUGCAUGGUAUAGAAGCCUCAAAGGAACAAUUGAAACCAAAAACAAAGAUAUCUACGACGUCCUUUUCAUCACCCGCCACGAUAACAUCCCAGGAUCAAACAAUGGGAGCCAUAACUAAUGAACAUUUUCAAAUAUUGCCCGAAGAUACAACAGAACAAACAUCAUACGAGACAUUUACCACAAAUACAGUUUGCAGUAGUGGACCUCUCCAAGUGUCUACGAUUAUAACAACAGCACAUCCCAAUUACAGCACAAUAACUGCACCAUUCACGGCCUUGGAGGGUGAUAUAAAUAGUGUUUCAACUAAUGAUCUAAGCAUGGCUAAUGAAUUUAUGGUUAUGGCUGAUGGCAGUUUAGAAAAAGUCAUUAACAAAGGGGUUGUUAUAGAGUAUAUAAAUGCACCUCAUAAUACGAGCAAUAUUACUUUGGAUAAUGACAUUAUUUUAGACAAUAUAAUACAGUUGCAGAAUAUAGAUAACUCGGUCAUGCUGGAACCGCAAAAUAAUAUUGUGCAAAUGGAUGUUGAUGAUAUGAUUAUAGAAGAUCAAGGCGAUGUAAUAGAAGAAACACAAGAACCCAUCCCUCCCCCUCUUGAAGAGGAAAUAAUACCAGUUACGAUUAUUGAGCAGCCUAAGAAAAUUAUUUGUAAAAUUUGUACCAAAGAUUUCACGACACAAGAAAAUUUAAAGAAUCAUAUGCUAACACACAAUGAAAUUCCCCACUUCUUUUGUGAUCAAUGUAAAUUUUAUACAUUUUUUAAAAUCGAUUUACAUCAACACUAUAAAAGUAAACAUAAUUUACAACCGACCAACAAACAGUUACAACCCAAAAACAAACAAAGAGCCGCUAAUGAGUUAUAUGCCUGUGAUUUGUGUUUUUAUGAGUCCGAGACAAAGUCGGAUAUAAAAAGACAUUACAAAGUUAAACAUAAUAUAGAAGCCAACGAAAUACAUUUAAAGCCGACAAAAGUACCAACAUUGAAUUCCAAAUUGUCUCCGCUCUCGGCCAAGGCAAAGGCAGCCGCUAUUGUAAGCAAUGCAACAACAGCAGCAGCAGCAUCAUCUAAAAAUGUUAAAAUAUGUUCUAUCGAACAAACAACACCAGAUUAUCCAAAUGGCUUAAAUUGUCGCAAGUGCCAUGAAGUGUUCUAUUGGCGCAAUAAACUGUACGAACAUUAUAAGUUGCAUAAUGCCGAAGAAGCGGCUCUCAAGCAAGAGAAACAGAUUGUAAAGGUUCAAAACAAACCAACUUCAAAUCUAUAUCAAAACAAGGCGAAAAACUCUAAGACGCCGUCAGUUCAAACAAUUAUACAUGCUCAGUUGGAAACAACGAACUCACCUAACUAUUCUAGCUUAGAUUCGUUGACGGCCUUAAAUGUCACAACACCAAACAAUACGACACACAAUUUAAUAGCUCCGUUGACACCAUCCUCCAGUUCGACCUACACUUUACCCUCGGAUGCCAUACCACAAAUUGUGGAAACCGAACAAACUAUUGAAAAUGACAUGGACUUUGAUUUUAAUGGCGACGAUGAUGCCUUGUUCGGUGACUUUGAUGACGAUGUUGAUGUAGAAAACGAUUCCGAUGACAAUGAUACUGAAUUUCGUAAUGUGUUGUUAACGUCGGAUGAUGAUUUCGAUGACCUUUUACAGGAACAAAAUAGUCUGAAUAAUGCUACCGGGGAGGCGGCGACAACGGCAACCACACGUGAAUCUUAUUGUGCCCAUUGUCAGAAGUCUUUCUUAAGUCAAUAUCAAUUUGAAAAUCAUAUGUUUGUUCAUAGAGGGCUGGCUCCUUAUCGCUGUGAAAUGUGCACAAAUCUCUACAACACCAAACGUUGUUUGAUACGCCACUACAAAGCUGUACAUAAAAGUGUACCUACCCGAGAUAUGAUCCAAGCCAAAGGUGAUAAAGUGUGUGAAGAUAAAACUCCAGUGGAACAUUUAAAACUAGAAGAAACAACUUCUCAUAUGUGUGCUAAAUGUCCUUAUGAAUCUUCAGAACUAAGCGAUAUUAAAUAUCAUCUCAAUUCUAGUCAUAAUAUAAGUGAUGAAUCCUAUAUAAUGAAAAAACUUCCUUAUGAGUGCCCGCGUUGUAUACGAUCAUUUGCAAGUAAUGUGAAAAUUCUAAGGCAUUUACAACGUAAUCAUAGUUCGACCCCAAUUAAUCAGCAUCAAAUACGUUUCGAAAGUGCAGACAAUGCAUCCUCGUCAAUGGCAAUAGCAACAAGCACAUCCGCAACAUCAAUUACAACAACACUAAAUAACCAUGUAAAUAUGAUGAAUACAGAAACUAGUGAAACAAACGCAAGUUGCGGAUACAAUGAUAUAUUCACUAAACAAGAACAAGGACAACAUCAAUGUCAACAACAACAACAACAGUACUCUUAUCCAGACUCAACCAGAAAAAAACUGUCAAUUGAAGAUGCCGUAGCACCCAAUGUUAUUAUGGCCCGCUUCCCAGAAUCUACCAGUUCAACAACAUCUUUGGCUUAUAAUGAAACCAUUACCAGCAUCAGCGAUAACUGCCCCAUUACCAACAUGCCUUCCAGCUCAACAAACUUUACCGCUGACUCGAUCGCACCAACCGCCCUAGACGAAGCUGAGCUUGACCAACAACCCCUUUUUAAAUGUAAAAUAUGCCUUUUGACCUGUUACAAUCUCGAAUCAUUUAAUGAACAUAGCAAACGUAUUGACUGUCGUAAAUUUAGUUUUAAUAGUCCCGGCGACCGAAUGUUAUUCGAGUGCGAAAUAUGUCAUUGCUAUUAUAAAACCAUGUAUUUAUUAAAACAUCAUCUCAAACGACACAUAGGCAGGAAAUUUCUCUGUGCCAAUUGUCCUAAAACGUUUAUAAACAAAGUGGAAUUGGAGGCCCACAAACAUGUGCACAGCGGAGAGCGGCCACAUAAAUGUGAUGUGUGUACAAAAUCGUUCCGUUAUGUCCACCAUUUGAAACGUCACAAGGACAGCGUUCACUUUGGCAAACGUCACGCUUGUACCGUACCCAAUUGUGGUCGAAAAUUUACAACACUAGCUCAAUUGAAGGUGCACAUAUGGACUCACAAUGGCAUUGUGCCCUACAAGUGUCCAUUUUGUAAUCGUUUAUUUAAAAAGAGAUUGCUUCUACGUGGACAUUGUUUUAAAGUCCAUAAAGUCAAUUUGAGUGAAGAGGAAAUGGCUGAAAUAUUCCGCAAUAGUUUGGGCUAUACAAAUCCUCAUGAUUUUACUGUGACCAUUGGCAAUGGUAAAAUGUUACGUCGUGGUGAUUUAGAAACAAUGGGUGCUUCUGGCGUUAUCAAAUCUUCAUUUAAAUAGAUUUUAAAUAUAUUUUUAUAUAUUAUGUAUAUAUUAUAAUAGAAUAUGUAUGGAUGUAUAUAUGUAUGUAGGUAUGUUUACACACAUGAAAUGUAUAUUUUAAAAUCAUAUUAAUUAAAAAUUAAUGAUUAUUCGAAUAUUUGAUCUCUUGAGACGUUUACAAAAAAUAUACAUAUAAUUCGUGAAUCUUUAGAUACACAAGAUUUAGUUUAUUACUUUUUUAUGCAUAAAUAUAAAAACUUUAAACAAUUAUAAGUCUUUUUAGAGUAAACCCAUAAACUAGAAACUCAAAAUUAUCCAAUAAUAAAUUGAUUUAGACGUUGCCGUAAUUUACAAUAAAUCUCAUAUUAAAUGCAGCUAUAAUACAA